AUGAUAAAUGGUGAAAUUCGACGAGUAAAUUAUCCAUUAGAUAAUGAUAUAACUUCUUUAGAAUCUGAUGGAAUUAUAAGUUAUGUUAUAACUCAACUUCAUGGAAAUAUUUUAAAAAGUACAUUACAAAUUGAAACUGAACAAUGGGUUCAUGAUUGUUGUAUUACUAUUAAAUCGAAAAAUACUUUAAAAAUUAAUAUUAAAAAUGGACAAUAUCCAAAAAUUAUUGCUUAUGUUGGAAUAAGAAAAUCUUUAUCAUUAAUUGAAAUGUCAGGAACAGAACGUAUUCGAACAACAAAUUCAAUUAAUUCACAAUAUUUAAAAUUAAAAAUGUCUGGAUCAAGUAGUGGAGAUAUUCAAUUAAAUAUUUCUUCAAAACUUUAUAUUGAAAUGUCUGGUACAGCUCAUUUAACUUUAUCAGGUCAUGUUAAUGAUUCUGCUAUUAUUCAUUUAACUGGUGUUAAUACAUUUGAUGGAACAAGAUGUUCAAUAGAAAAAGUUUCUUUAUUUGUUACUGGUGUUGGAACAGCAUAUAUAGUUGGUCAUUCAGCUGUUGAUAUUGAUGUUUCUAGUGUAGGAACAGUUUAUUAUAGAGGACCAAUUAGAAAAUUACAUUAUACAGGAGUUGGAUCAGUUAAAUCAAUGGAUAAUUGGAGUAAAUAUUCAUAUAGAUCAUCAGCCAAUUACAAAAAACAAAAUUAUUUUAUAUUUGUAAUUUUCGUCAUAAUUCAAUUUAUUCGUUCUUUUUUUAUUUUAUUAAAAUGA